CGCCGCAUCAAGCUGUUAUCAUAUCUAGGAGUUGCAUAGUGACUGCGUUUCCUUGCAAUAAAAAUAAGUAUUGUGUAACGUUCGUACAUAGUUUUGUUUCUCACAGGAGAAAAAAGAAAUUUUUCUCCUGGAGGUGGUACAAUGCCGCGUUUGCCUGUUUGAAUAAACAGUAAAGGGAAGUGAGCACGAAUGAUGUUUUGCUGUUUGAGGAAUUGUUUUGACGGCCUCGGCUUUGCUGAAUCGCAAAUGCCGAAGGAACGUCCGAAUCCUAUAGCUUUAGAUACAUCUUAUAUGGGACAUGAAGUUGUGAUAGUAAAAGAUGGUCUAAGAGUAUGUGGUUGUGGUGGUGCCUUAACAAAUGCUCCUCUUGUUCAAAGUAAAAGUUAUUUUGAAAUUAAAAUACAACAAAGUGGUAUAUGGGCAGUUGGAUUAGCCACAAGAUCCACGGAUCUGAAUAUUGCAACUGGAGGAAAUGACAUGGAAAGUUGGGCUCUUAAUUCUGAUGGCAUUAUAAGACAUAACCAGCAAGAAAUACAUAAGAUUCAAACUCUAGUGCAGGAAGGAGAUAUCAUAGGUGUAUCUUAUGACCAUGUAGAACUUAAUUUCUAUGUAAAUGGAAAAUCAAUGGAGACCCCUGUAAUGGGAAUAAAAGGAACUGUGUACCCAAUACUUUAUGUGGAUGAUGGAGCCAUUUUAGAUAUAAUUUUGGAUAACUUUGUUCAUCCUCUACCUGCAGGUUUUGAAAAGAUAAUGUUAGAGCAAUCACUGCUCUAGCAAAAUAUGCUAACAUGGCAAAAUUGGUCUCAUUGGGGAACAAAUUUUCAAAAUACUGCAUGUCCAUCCUACAUUAAUAUAACAGUG